AUGUCCCAAGUUGUGCAACAAAUUCGCGACAAGUUUGAAGUGGUGCUUGCUUCUUCAUCUCCGAGAAGAUAUGAGAUAGUGACGGAGGUUAUGGGGUUCUCGCAAGUAAAGUUGAUGAAACCAUCAUUUGAAGAGAACCUCGACAAAUCGUUGUAUGAGGGAAAGCCAAUCAAGUACGUGCAUGACACGAGCAAAGGCAAAGCUUUGGGAAUCAUUGAGGAUCUGGGAAAGUUGGCAUGCGGCUAUGCCCAAAAACCGAAACUAGUUAUCUGUGCGGACACUGUUGUAAUUGAUAGCGAUAAUACCAUUCAUGAAAAGCCUCAAGUACCUCAAAGGCAAUUGACCAAUUUGCUGGACUUCCGCGACAGCGACGAUCCCGUAAAAGUUGUUACGAGCGUAACUUUAAUCAAGUGGCAAGGUCCUGAUGACUACACGUUGGAACAAUUUGAGGAGAUAUCCGAAGUAUACUUCGAUCCCGACUUCCCGCUAUCUAUACUGUAUGACUAUGUUGACUCUAAAGACGCUCUGGACGUAGCUGGUGGGUUCAAAGUACAGAGUUUUGGCGGAGCGAUGAUUUCUAAGAUCAAUGGCGACUUUUAUAACGUAGUGGGACUUCCCCUAAACAAGACUUUUAAGGCAUUGUACAAGGCAGCUUUUCCCUUGGAACAAUGA